GCUUCCUGGCCAGUAUAAGAGAAGCGCUGUGUGAGCAACAGAUUUCAGAGAGUCUGUUAGCCUCAUUUCCUGGGCGGAGAGCACUAGUGAAGCAACAGCAACCCUAAAGGAGAGCGAGUGAGUAAGCUAGAGUGGGAUAGAGAAGUUAUUGGAACGUAAAGCUCUCACAAAUCAUUUUGUCACCAGCAAGCUCUGACAAGCGAGGAGAGGGAGUGUGUUACAAGAGGGAGCUAAUAAAAAGAGUGCUGUACGAGAGGGAAGGAGGGUCUGAAGGACUUUUUUACUCAAGACUGAGGUCAAAAGGCAUAAAAGUGGACAAACAGAAAAGAACAAAGGCAAGACGGGAAGGGAAAAGGACAUUGGCUGUCACUGCUGCGGUUCUCGCGUUUACUGCCUGGCUACUCAUGGACGGUUCAUUUGUUUCGCUCUUUUUGUUUACUCCAUCUGUCACUCGAGACUCGUGGGUUGGACGUGGUUAGUUUGAUUUUUCCUGACACAUUACAUCAUCGGGGCCAAAACGUCAGGGUAUUUUCCGAGAGGAUCUGUUUUCCUUUCAAUUCCUCUCAGUGAAAUGUGUGUGAGUGUGUGUCGCGGUGGGGGGGGGACCAGUGUGUUUGGUUAGCCGUGUCAAUGGAUCUUUCCACUUGUCUUUGUAGCGGGAAAAGCUUGUUUGAAGAGAAAAUAAGGUUGUAGCCCUUAAAAAGCCAUCUAAAAAAACACUGUUACUUAUUUUGACUGAUCUCUUGUGAAGCCUUGGCUCUGAACAGAGUCAUUCAAACUCGACUGAACUUCUAUAUUAUACUUUUGGGUGGUUUACAGAGCCUCAAAAGCAGGUUUUUUCCUAAUGCAAAGUUUGCGUGUUAAAUGAAGAACUUUCAAACUCUGCAAGUCACCGUUACUGUUAUCUGAUUAGCUGAGCGCUUCCGGAAAAUCCGUCUGACCAGCAGAGGAAACCUAAUGUUGUAAAAGCAAACUUUUGAGGAAAUCUGAGCUGGACACGUCCCUUUGUCUUGUUACGAAUGCAGGAUGCAGCUGGAUGGGGUUGUCUGGUUUAGUCCAAUAGUUAACAGGGCUUCUUUAGUGGUUUUCGUGUGAGAUGACAAAACAUCGGCUGAAGCAUCAAGACCAGAGAAGCUCAGAGGUGUGGAAAGCUGUGAGUAGUUAGUGAGCAAACACGCUUACAGACGUGUCAUUGUAUCUGGACCUCUGCGUGUUUUCACAGCGGGAACUAUCCAAGACCAGAGGAGAGAAAAAGAGUCAGUCCAGACGCAUGGACUCGAACAAGCAUUUCUGUGUGCGACUGCCAGCAGUGAGCCGGCGAUAAAGUUGUGCCGAAAGGAGAAAAGCUUUGUGUUUGUGUGUGAAUGUGGGAAUUUUUUUACUGAAAUUGAUGCAUAUGUAAAAGUGCAUGUCAGUGCUCGGCGGCAUUCAGGUAUUUGUGUGCCUCUAAGCUUGUUUACGUGGGAGAGUUGUUGUUCCUUUUGGCCAAACCGCACCUGGAUGGACCUCUGAAACAGGUGAGGCAUCAGGAAUUUCCCUUAUUAGAUAUCAGCUGUUCUGUCAGCUUCAUUAUUCAAGGUGCUUUCCAGAAUCAUCAUCGGGUAGCAUCACCUUCAUAAUAACAACACUGCUUGUGUCUGUUUGAUCCAAACGCUCUGCAUCAAUCACAGACUCCUGGUGAGCCUCGCUCUUUACCUAAAGACAGUUUGGGCUCAGAUUUGGCACCAUGAGGUUGGUUUGCUUGGUACUGACGGCCCUGUGCAUGGUGGCUAGAACGGCAAGUAUGUCCACUUGCAAAACUCUGGACCUGGAAGUGGUGAAGAAGAAACGGAUAGAGGCCAUCCGCGGUCAGAUCCUCAGCAAACUGCGCAUGGCCAAAGAGCCCGAAUCGGAGGUAGAUGAUGAUGGACAGAAGAUCCCAGAUACCAUGCUUUCUCUGUACAACAGCACUGUUGAACUGAGUGAAGAAAUGAAGAUGAAGCCCGUCUCUGUGCAGGAUGAAAAUGAAGAUUACUUUGGCAAAGAGGUGCACAAGUUCGUCAUCCGGCAAGCUCAGAAUGGCACAAAGCAUCAGAUGACUUUUAACGUGUCAGAGAUGAAGCAGAGUAUUCCGGACCGCCAGCUGCUGUCUCAAGCCGAGUUACGGCUUCGGAUUAAGAAUCCUACAAUGGACCAGGAGCAGAGACUGGAGCUGUAUCGUGGAACGGGCGAUCAGGCUCGAUAUCUGGGCACCCGCUUUGUCUCCAAGGCCUUGUCCAAUCGUUGGCUCUCGUUUGACGUGAAAGAGACGAUGAUAGAAUGGCUGCAGGGUUCAGAAGAGGAAGAAAGUUUAGAGCUGAGGUUAUACUGUGGCUGUAAGGCAGACCAGCAGAGUACUGAUAACUUCCGCUUCAGUAUAUCAGGACUAGACAAGCAGAGAGGUGACACUGCUGGUCUGGCAGAGAUGAUGGCGAAGCCUUAUAUUCUGGCUUUAUCUUUGCCUUCUAAUAGCAUCCCCCUUACAUCCGCUCGCAGGAAACGAGCUGUUGGGACUGAUGAAACUUGUGAUGAAAAAACUGAGACCUGCUGUAUGCGGAAGCUUUACAUUGACUUUCGGAAAGAUCUGGGUUGGAAGUGGAUCCACAAGCCAAAGGGAUACUUUGCCAACUACUGCAUGGGCUCCUGCACCUACAUCUGGAAUGCUGAGAACAAAUACUCUCAGAUAUUAGCCUUGUACAAACACCACAACCCUGGUGCAUCUGCGCAGCCAUGCUGUGCACCUGCAGUCCUCGACCCUCUGCCGAUUCUGUACUACGUGGGCAGACAACACAAGGUGGAGCAGUUGUCCAACAUGGUGGUGAGGAGCUGCAAGUGCAGUUAGAGUUCAUCUGACUGCAUAACGUUAUGUUUUCUUCAGAAGUGCUCCGUGGCUUUAUCUCUCUCUGGACAAUAAGUAAGCAAAUGCACAGAGAGAUAGAAGUAAAGUCUCAGUGGGAAGGAAAAUCAGGAGCUGAGACAACUGACGUGGACAGGAGAAAGGAGAAGGGACAGUCGGGCAAAAGUGGAAGCAAAAGGAAAGAGGGGAAAAGAAACUAUCAGACUUUCUCAGCGAUGUCCCUCUACAAUGGCACACAAAGACAUUUCGUUAAAGCAUUUCAUAAAACAAGCUCAAUAUUAAACCAAGUAUAUGCUUUGUUAUCUUUUUUUUAAAUGUUUAUUUACAUUAUUAAUUCCCAUUAAUUUAUUGUGCCUUCUAAGUUCAUAAUUUGAUUGUACCACAAAGGCAGCCGCAUAGCAUUGCAUGCCAAAUGUACAAUGAAGAUUUCUAAUGGUGCUGAACUGAUAAAGGAAACCAUGUCAAAGGAACAUUUCAAAUUUCAAAUAAACGUAAACACAUAAAAGAGAAGUGUUUGCACUAAACGACGGAAGUGAAGGCUCAUGACGUGUAGUACGAGACUUACAAGAAAGCUAAUGGGAUUGGAGCAUGCAACAAUGAACUGCUUUUUUUUUUUUUUUUUUUUUAUGUGCGCAGUAGGUUUUAUUGUCGUGCACAGCUCUGAAGCCUGUUUCUGUGAACAGGGUCUUGAGUGGAACACUAGAGGAAUAGGAUUGAAUGGUGAACAUUUCAAACUUCAUAUUGCACACAAUACCGAGUGUCACGGGAAAAUGUCUGCCUCUUCAGGUCCUCCUGUAGUCAGGGUUUGUUAGUUCUCAAAAAUAUCUACAGCUUUGCUAAAGGAAUGCAUUGGUCAGUCUCAGCAAAAGAUGUCUGGGACACAUUUCACAUUUAUUAAAUAAAAUGAUUUCACACAAAGAAGGUGAAUCUUAUUUUUAGGAUCAUUAAGACUGUUUGCAUUGUGUGAUUUCCUGUGUCACAAUUUGUAAUUUAUCUAUUCGAUUCAGUUAUUAUUGUUUUACAGUAAAGGGACAACAAAUACAUACAUGAUCUGUAAAUACUUAUAUUAAAUUAUUAAAUUCAAGUAACGAAUCGUUUUUAUUACGUUAAGAAGAAUGUGCUUGUCAAAAUGCAAGAAUCUGCUCCUAAAAACAGGCUUAAUGUUCUUGCAAAAUACUUUUUUUUUUUUUUUUUUUCUGCUGGUUUUGAGGUGAAAUUUCAGAAUUUUGUGUUAGUGAGUCUGUAUCUAUGCGUGUGUACUGUAUGUUUGUUGUGUGGUGUUCAGCUGUGUUAGCCUCGUGCUGACAUCUGUAUGAGCAACAUUAGUGUGUAUAUUUAUAGAGGCUUCAUGUUUGACAUCGGCGGUGUUGAGUGAUGGGAAUUGUUCUGUGUGUUAGUUUAAAGACAACACGGCUGAGAAUACAAUGUUUGCGAAAUGAAUGCAGUGUCACUCUUCACUGAAAAAUACUGGCUAGUUGCUGUAAAACUACAGUCCUUCGUAGAUACUGUCCUCUUUGUUAUGACAUUUUUUAAAUGCAAGUGUUUUAAAUUGCUACAGAAUUCCUUUGACAAACAUUUCACUUCCACGCAGUGCUUUAUUAUAUAAUUACAUUUCCUUUUUUGCACUUAUUUUAUGCCAUUGUGACACAAUGAAUUGUUUCAAUAAACAAAACUCACAAUUCA